AUGUCUUCAUCUAUCGAAGAAAAGCACGCGACGACAAGUCCCCGAGCGGCUUCUCUAGACACCUCGCUCAGUGUUGUCGACUCCGAGGGCUAUGGCUCGUCAGACGACCACAUCUUCAAGGACCCUGCAGUAGCUAGCCACUGGCUCGGUAUUUACGAACAGGCAAACUACGAAAACCGACACCGGUUCGACCCAACCCUGCAAUGGACUGCCGAAGAGGAGAAGAAGCUGUUGCGGAAGAUUGACUUUAGAAUCAUGGUGUGGGCUUGGGUGAUGUUCUGCGCUCUAGACAUUCAUCGCAGAAACAUCAACAGAGCCAUAUCUGACAACAUGCUCGCAGAGAUUGGUAUGGAUACAAAUGACUUCAAUUACGGACAGACCAUUUUCCUUGCCUCUUUUCUUGCUGCUGAGCUGCCCAGCGGUCUCAUCAGCAAGAAGCUAGGAGCUGAUGUUUGGAUCCCCAGCAUCAUGGUGUGCUGGUCCAUUGUUGCUGGUUCUCAGGCCUUUCUAUCCAACAAGGCCGGCUUCUACGCCAUCAAGGCUCUUUUGGGACUGUUGAUGGGUGGAUUCAUCCCGGAUAUUGUUCUCUGGUUGACCUACUUCUACAAGAGUAAUGAGCUACCUACCAGGCUGUCCUGGUUCUGGACUGCCUUGUCCACAGUAAACAUUGUCGGAUCGCUUCUUGCUGCUGGCAUUCUUCAGAUGCGAGGCAUUGGUGGCUGGUCCGGCUGGCAAUGGCUUUUUAUUAUCGAGGGCAUCAUUACGCUGAUUAUCGGCAUUUUCUCUUGGGUUCUGAUGCCUCCAGGCCCCUGUCAAACUCGCAAUUGGUUUCGGGGCAAGGAUGGAUGGUUCACAGAGCGCGAAGAGGCCAUCAUGGUCAAUAGGCUCCUUCGCGACGACCCGAGCAAGGGAGACAUGAACAACCGCGAGGCCGUGGGUAUCACGCAGCUAUUCUCGGCGAUCAGCGAUUGGGAAAUGUGGCCACUGUACCUCAUUGGUUUGAUGGCUUACAUUCCUCCUUCGGCACCGAGCACAUAUCUGUCCUAUAUCCUCCGACAGCUGGGAUUCUCAACCUUUCAGGCAAACUUGUUGGCCAUUCCGUCGCAAUUUCUCUUUGCCAUCAACUUGCUCGUCAUCACUUGGGUAUCCAAGAAGGCAAACGAGCGCGCCAUCAUCUCUUCGCUGUCCAACACCUGGAUGUUGCCGUGGCUCGUCGCCCUCGUGUGCAUUCCUUCGACUGCAAGCCCUUGGAUACGGUACGCGCUCAUGACUGGUCUUCUCUCGUACCCCUACUGCCAUGCCAUCUUGGUCGGUUGGAACGCCAAGAACAGCAAUGCAGUGCGCACGCGGGCCGUGUCGGCGGCGCUAUACAACAUGUUUGUGCAAAGUGGUAAUAUCAUUGCCAGCAAUAUUUAUCGGGAUGACGACAAGCCCUUGUAUAUCAGGGGCAACAAGAUCCUCGUGGCGAUUACGGCCUUUAACAUUGUGCUGUUUUAUGCCGUCAAGGUGUUUUACAUUUGGCGAAAUAAGGUUCGCGAAAGGCAGUGGAACGCGUUGACGCCCGAGGAGCAGCAGGAUUAUGCCGUGACCACGAAAGAUACGGGGCCGAAGAGGUUGGACUUUCGUUUUGCGCACUAG